GCAUCUGCACUCUGCACUCUGCACUCUGCAUUCGCAUCUUCGUUCCGUCCACAAAUAAUCAUCAUCACAAUAACAUCCAUCCAUCCACGUGCCGCUGUCCACACAUAUCUCUAGAUAGAUUCACAUUCGAUACAGGUACUGACUCACGUGCUUGCUUAUUCGAAACGCGACCCAAGGUAAGAGGAUUGAUCCUUCCUCUCCAGCUGUCGUUUGUUGCUCCAAUUCCAAUUCCAAUUCCAAUUCCAAUUCCAAUAUCCCCCCUCUCUCUUCUGCUCUCGUAUAUUGUUUACAUUGUGCCGUUUCUUCCUUCCCUCUUUUCCCCUGUCUCUCUUUCCCGCUCUCCCUCUCUCCCGCUCUCCCCCUCUCCCCCUCUCCCCCUCUCCCCCUUCUUCGGUUUCAUCGACAAUUCUCGUGAAACGCAUCUGCUCCAUACUUCCAUCACCACUUGGCUGCGGGCGUGGUCAACAACAAGCUAGAACCUGCAUCAUCCUCUUCGCCAUCGUCAUCAACCAGGGACGAUCAUCUCGGUAGCGACACCCAUUCUCGCCUGUACCCAGACGUUGGAUCAAACCUCCUCCACUGAAAAGGAGGCGCAGCACCCAGCAAAAAGCACUGGGAAACUUUUCUUCCCUCUUCCCGCUGCCCGCACCGUCAAAGCUGCGAAAAGUGUGCCCGAGUUUCGAUACCCACGCGCACAACCAACGUUCAUGAUCCCAACCCCAAUCUCUUAUUGUUCUUCCCAUUUAACCAAUUACCCUUUUCGUACAAUCUGCUCCCUAAAAAAUUCUAAAGUUUUCUUUCACAUAGGCACUGACAUUCUCCUCGUGGUCUGUGAAAAAGAGAAUUUUGCCAAGAUGGUUUUCGGGUCUUUGAUCCAAGCCCUUUGUUCCAAGCCCUUUGUUCCAUUUUCUCGCUCGCGCUCUAUACUUGAAUGGUGCUACACAGCCCAGCAUAACCUCGGUGUCGUCUCCAUCACAGGACCAUUGCUCAGAUCAAAAGACUUAUUAAACGCUUGAAGCCAAGUAUUACUCCUUUGCCUCUUGUCGAUACCUGAAUCCUUCUUUUCUUAAUUUUGGCGUAACCCUGAAACCCACCUGUCAAUCUGCCAGCGAAUUGCCAAGAGACUUCUUAGAAGCUUAAGUUGGCUGCGGCGCGUUGCAAUUUCAAUAUCAGAUAUACAUAUGGAGUGGCUGGGCUAACGUUAUAUCUUCUUUGACAUGUAGCACAACCUAAAUACCGAAGGGAGCUCGCCCGUGUAAGAUCUCUUCCAUCACCAAACAAUCGAAUCAACCCAGGAAAUAUGUCAAACGGAGUAGACGAAAACUCACAUCUGUUGGGUGUCAACGGACAUGCCGGCGACAGACGUAAAAGUAGUGUCCAUGACUUCUUUCUCAGCAAGAGACAUACACCAGGAACCGACAGCGACAAUGCCAUUGUGAGCUACUCGGCGUCGGCAUGGCAUGUAGGCAAAGUUACUUUGUAUAGUAGCUAUGUUAACGUUCUGUUGAUCUUUGUACCGUUGGGUAUCGUCGCAGGCCUCACACACUGGGAUCCGGUCGUCAUCUUCACCCUCAACUUCUUCGCCAUCAUCCCAUUGGCUUCCAUCCUCUCGUUUGCGACCGAAGAAAUAUCCAUGAAGUUGGGAGAAACUUUGGGAGGUCUGCUGAACGCAACAUUCGGUAACGCUGUGGAACUCAUUGUCAGUAUCAUAGCAUUGAAAGAAGGACAAAUUCGGAUCGUUCAAUCGAGUAUGUUGGGUAGUAUCUUGUCGAACUCCCUUCUUGUGCUGGGAUGCUGCUUUAUAGCUGGUGGAAUUCACAACACUCGCACUGGUACAUCUAUGGGCAUCGAGCAGAAGUUCAACGACACUGUCGCAGGAACAAUGUCAUCUCUCAUGGUUCUUGCCGCAUCCGCAUUGAUCAUACCUGCAACUCUCUAUUCAGUUCUCAGUAAAUCAUCAGCAGACACUGAAACCAACAUUUUGAUCCUCUCUCACGGGACAGCCAUCAUUCUGUUAAUCCUCUACUGUCUUUAUUUGUUCUUCCAGCUUCGAACACACGCCAAUCUAUUUGAUGCCGAAAGUCAAGCAGCAGGAGAGGAGGAAGAAGCGCCACAAAUGGGCCCAUGGGCUGCUGCUGCUGUUCUCGUUAUUGUCACAAUCGCAGUAUCUGUGUGUGCUGAUUACUUGGUUGAUUCAAUUGACUCGAUUGUUGAGAAAGCUCAUAUCUCCAAAACAUUCGUUGGUCUUAUUCUUCUUCCAAUUGUCGGCAAUGCUGCAGAGCAUGUAACAGCUAUUGUGGUUGCCGUCAAGGACAAGAUGGAUCUAGCAAUGGGUGUGGCUAUUGGAUCGAGCAUGCAAAUUGCACUUUUCGUCACUCCAUUCCUUGUCAUCUUGGGUUGGAUCAUGGAUAAACCCAUGACUUUACAUUUUGAGACCUUUGAAACUGUAGUUUUCUUCUUGAGUGUAUUGGUUGUUACUUAUGUUGUUCAAGAUGGCAAGAGUAAUUAUUUGGAAGGUUGUAUGCUUCUUGGUCUCUACAUCAUUAUUGCUCUCGCAUUCUUGGUAUACCCAGAUGAGUCUGCUGGAGCAGGUGAAAUUGGAGGAACUGUUGUCAGAUCAGUAAAGGCUUUGGCAGGAUAUUAAUCCGAAAUUUUAUGGUGUGCUGGUUGAUAUUGAUUGUAUCAAUUUAUGGUAAUGGCGUUUUAGCGCUGGAUAUGAAAGGUAGAUAUUGAGGAUCCAUAGGGUGGGGAGAUGAAGAAGGUGGCACUUUUUAACAUUGCUGUGUUUUACCAAAAAAAAUUAAUGGGAUUUUGGGGAGGAUUUUAUGAUAGGGUUGCUAGGAUGGGCAAUGGAAGACCUGUAAGAAUAGCUUGGAGCUGCGAAGCCAUUACCUCUGUGUAUAAUAGAUACGUUGCGAGUAAUACCAUACGUUGAACUCGAUGAAGCUUUGGA